AUGAUGAAAUCAGCUGCAGACUUCAACAAAAAUCUGAAGAGAAUUACCAUGAAGAGGGAACUUCAAAUGACCUUUAAAAAGGUGCCAGAAAACAUGAUGAAAGACAAACCUGGAGAGCUCAAAAAUCAGCAGCAAAACCUGGGAAAUGAAUAUAUCAGAUGGUUUGGAGAAGUCGGAAUUACCUUUUUUCUGGGCUCUGGGAAGCAACGAAGGGCAGCAGAUAAUGAGACGACACAGUUCCAGAAGGGUUCGACGAGAGAUCAAAGGACAUGGGGGUGUAGUGGAGGCUUUGCAAUUCGGGAAAUGGAUAAUCUUGUUGCCUUUCUCGGCGGAACAAGGAAUGAAUUCCAGCUUAUUGGAGGAAAAGAAGUAGGGACAUGA